CCAAACUAACCAUGGCGUCAUUGUUCAAGAUCAAGAACAAUGCCUCUUCUUCUCUCUUCUUCACCAUGAUCACCUUCUUGCUGUUCUGCAUCACCACAACAUGCAGCAGCACAGGGGGGCACUGGGUUCAGCUACAACGCAGCAUAGGCAUCUCAGCCAUGCACAUGCAGGUCAUGAACGACAACAAGGUGGUCAUCUUCGACCGCACCGACUUCGGCCCAUCCAACAUCUCCCUCUCCAACGGCCGCUGCCGCUUCAACCCCCGUGACAUGGCCCUCAAGCUCGACUGCACCGCCCACUCCGUCCUCUACGACCUCACCACCAACACUUUCCGCCCUCUCACCAUCCAAACCGACGCAUGGUGCUCCUCCGGCGCCCUCACCCCCGACGGCACCCUCCUCCAAACCGGCGGCUUCAACGACGGCUACCACAAGCUCCGCACCUUCACCCCCUGCCCACAACACAACCUCUGCGACUGGCUCGAACUCCCCCAGAAUCUCACCUCCCCUCGCUGGUACGCCUCCAACCAAAUCCUCCCCGACGGAAGAAUCAUCGUCGUCGGAGGACGCAACGCCUUCACCUACGAAUUCGUCCCCACUCGCGACACGGCGUCGUUUCACUACCUCCGAUUCUUGCGCCUCACGCGUGACCCGAACCCGGGUGAAGAGAACAAUCUUUACCCGUUCUUGCAUCUCUUACCCGACGGCAACCUCUUCAUCUUCGCCAACCGCCGCUCCGUCCUCUUCGACUACAACCGCCACAGAAUCCUCCGGGAGUAUCCAAUCAUGCCGGGGAUCGAGAAAAGAAACUACCCCAGCACCGGGUCAUCCGUUUUGCUUCCAUUGAACCUCACCGGGUUCGGACCAGACAGGACCCGUUUACCCGUCGCCGAGGUGAUGAUCUGCGGCGGCGCUUACCCCGGCGUGUUCACCUUGGCCAGAAGGUUCAGAGUGUUUCUUGAAGCCUCCAGAACGUGCGGGAGGAUUCGGGUCUCCGACCCGAAACCCGGAUGGGUAAUGGAAACCAUGCCCAUUCCUCGGGUAAUGCCCGAUAUGAUCUUGCUGCCUACAGGGAACGUGAUGAUCUUGAACGGCGCAGCAAAUGGUACCGCAGGGUGGGAAAACGCGGCGAACCCGGUUUUUUACCCGGUUCUAUACAGACCCGGUUUGCCUGACCCGUUACAGAGGUUCCAGCUUCUAUCUCCGGCGAACACUCCGAGAAUGUAUCAUUCCGCGGCGGUGCUGUUGCCAGAUGGAAGGGUGUUAGUAGGUGGCAGCAACCCACACCGGGUUUACGAUUUUCGGGGCCCGUACCCGACUGAAUUGAGCUUGGACGUGUACUACCCGGAUUAUUUUGAGCCUGAAUCGGAGCCGCUGCGGCCUUCGAUUAUUGCGGUGGAGGCGGUGAACAAUACGGCGCCGUAUGGUGGCUUGUUUGCCGUGACGUUCUCAUUGCGGGAUUACCGUGCGGUUCCAGGGGUCAGUGUGACCCUGGUGGCGCCGUCGUUCACGACGCACUCGUUUGCUAUGAACCAGCGGGUGGUGGUGUUGGAUGUUGUGGCGGUGGAUGAGGUGGCGCCGUCUUCUUACAAGGUUACGGUGCGUGGGCCACCAUCUCUCACGGUGGCCCCACCUGGGUACUACAUGCUUUAUAUUGUCCACGCUGGAAUUCCAAGUGUUUCGGUCUGGGUUCAGGUUAGAUGAGUGAUGGAUAGCUUUGGUUUUUUUUUUGGGUUUAUGGUUUUGGAAUGCAAACAAAACUUUGGUUUGAGCCCAAAACAUGAAAGAGGGGUGGGUUUGAAUUUUGGAACCAAAAAAAUAGGUUUCAGACACUAUUCUUUUGGCAUCAAUUGUUGUACAUUCUUUAAAUUCCUUUUUUCAUUUCAUUAGUGAUA